AUGGCCCUGCGUCUGCCCCCGGGACUGGUUCCCUCCGAGGUAGCCUUUCUAUGUGAAAUGGAGCUCGUGACUGUUGUUCCGAGACAGCGGUUAGAGAGCAUCCAUCUCCUCGCGGGCCAAACGCCUCAGCUGCGUCCACCCAGAAGAAGCAAUCUCCCGCUCUGGCUCGCGCUGCUGCUCAAAAAACAACGCCGCGCCAACAUCGUGCCGCCGCCGUGGAUGCAUCCCGACUCCCUCCGCGACGUCAUCCACCACGAAACCAAGGUCGACACCAAAGGAUGGGCUCCACCGCCUCCGCCGCGCUCACGCGCCGAUUCUCUGGGAAACGCUACACGCAUAAACGCCUUCUCUGGCAAGGAGACCAUUCUCUCUCCGCCGUUUCUACCGUCGUGUACGGCCGACGCGCCGUCUGGGGCUUUGCCCUAUCACUGGUUUGAGUUGGCAGAGAUGCUGCUCGCCCACGCAGGCGAUGAUAUUGCUUCGGCGUCGGAAGUGCGGUCGUUACUGAGGGACCUGCAGGAGGUUCGGGCGGCCAAGAUGAGGAGCAGUACGGCGCAGCUGGAGAGUGGUGUUGAUGGAGUGAUGAGCCUGAGGGGCGUGGGGGCCAUGGAGCUGGCCGAGAGCAGGGGAUUUGUUACGGGCGUAGUGGAGGGUGUGAGGACGAUUGGGGCAAGUGCUGAGGCCAUGAGGCGAGAGGAAGAAGAGCAGGGACGGGAUGAUGGAGAGGAAAGCGACGACGAUAUGGGAUUAUGA